AUGGCCGAAGAUCAAAAAACAUCCGCGAAGCCGAAGAUCGAUCUCUCGCAAAAGCUAUCAGAGCUGCGUGCAGCAAGAACAAAGUCCCAAUCCUCAAGAGAUCCAACCCCCGUCACCCCUCCCCUCCCGAACCCGCCAGACCUAUCCUCCCACGAACACUUUGUCCCCGUUCGUCGAAUCCUUUCUAAAAAUGAUCAUGAAACAUUCCUCUCCUCGCCAACCUACACCCUUGUUCUCGCCUUCAUCUUCGGUCUUUCAGACUCGGUGCGGGGCCGCGCAGCACCAGACACCGAAGCCAAUCUCCCCGCCAACAUCUCCAAAAUUCUCUCGGUAAUAAACAAUAUCGACAAGCUCGUCGAAAAGCACCCAGGUAUCGACCAGGGUGGCUCUCGGUUCGGGAACCCUGCCUUCCGCGACCUGUUUGACGACGUCGCCACCCAGAGCACAGCAUGGCAUCGAGACAUUCUCGGAAUACAAAACGAGUCUGCUAUUGACGAGAUAUCCACAUACCUGAUUCACUCGCUGGGAUCGCGGGACAGACUGGACUAUGGCUCGGGGCACGAACUGAAUUUCAUGAUGUGGCUUCUCUGUCUGCGACAGCACAGCCUGUUCUCAAAGCCGGACUUUGAGUCGAUCGUGUUCCGUGUCUAUGUUCGGUAUAUGCGUCUUAUGCGCGAUGUUCAGUCGACAUAUUAUCUUGAACCCGCCGGGUCCCACGGUGUCUGGGGAUUGGAUGAUUACCACUUCUUGCCGUUUUUGUUUGGCGCGGCGCAGCUCGUUGGACAUCCAUAUGUCACGCCGCUGGCGAUUCAUAACACCGCUAUUCUUGAUGAAGAGGGGGAUCGGUAUCUCUAUCUCGACCAGGUGCGAUGGGUGGAUAGCGUCAAAACAGUAAAAGGUCUUCGGUGGCAUAGUCCUAUGCUGGAUGAUAUCUCGGGCGCGAAGAACUGGACUAAGAUUGAGAGCGGCAUGAAGAAAAUGUUCAUCAAGGAAGUCAUGGGGAAACUUCCUAUCAUGCAGCACUUCUUGUUUGGCAGUUUAUUACCUGCUGAACCUGGUAUGGGCGAACUCCCAGCUGGAGAAGAGGAAAGCGAACAUACGCACGAGCAUGGAGACGGGCAUGCCCACGACCACAGUCAGCAUUCAGAUUGGUUUGGCGAUUGCUGUGGAAUCAAGGUACCGAGUACUAUAGCCGCUGGGGCUGAGAUGCGAAAAAGGAUGGGUGGGAGCUCGAACCUACGCCCGAUUCCUUUUGAUUAG